UGAGUUUAAAAGAAAUUUGAUUAAACCUUACUUGUUUAAUCCAAUCCUUAUUUCAUGAAAUCAGGCCCACCACAAUAAUUUCAAUCUUGGCCCAGACCACCAAACAGAGCCCAAUCCAAUCCAAACAAAGAAAAAAAGGUUGACCACUGCUCGAUCCCCUUCCUGAAAACAACGCGGCGGUCUGACCUAUUGCAUGGCGGCACCAAUUCGGAAUUGCAGCGGCACUUUGGCGGAGUCGCGACUGGGAGACGGCGGCAGCUUAGCGACCAGGCUGUGCGCGUGGUUGGACGACGAUUGCUCUGUGCGUGGUCGGCAGCAACUUCACGCGGGACGGCUUUCAGAUCCUUCGGACGGCGACCUGCUGUGCGCAUCAGAAUCUGGACGGCGACCUGUGUGGAUUCCAGCAGCGGCGAGACCUCUGCUGCUAGGCGGUGGCGGGACCUGGGCUGUGACGACUGGAUGCGGCGGCGCACUGACGGAUUAGCGGCAGCGAUCUCCUCGAACGAGCGGCGUCUAUCUCCUCGAACCAGCGGCGUCAAUCUGAGGACGACGACGACUCCUCAACACGGCGCGGCUCCUUAACUCGGCGGCGGCGGCAAGUUCAAUCUCGGAUCCGGACAGCUGCGACGGCGGCUCCAACCUUAGGCUUGGAUCGGCACGCCUGCAACGGUGGUGAAAG